CGGUCACACUGCUCGGCUAGGCGUGCAAAAAUAAAUAAAAUAGCAAAAUAAAAGAAAUAAACUACAAUUAGGUUAUUAUUGUCAUCGGAGUAUAAAGGAAAUGCAUGGAUAUAUAAGGCCAGUCCGGUGACAAGGCCAUAGCAAUGACAGAAAAGUCGGAGCUCGCCUCGAAUGUGGAGAACUCUGAAUUGGAACAGUCGGUGGCUUCUUCUUCCCCCAGUGGACCUCCUCCACAGAUAAUGGUAAAAUCUGAGAAGCUUGAUGCUGAGGUUGAGGCAAAGCUGCGAGCCUUGAAUGCGAAGAAUAAGUCGGAUCAGGAGCGAGGAAAUAACAAUGACCAGCAGCAGGAUGACGACUCGGAAGACGAUGACGAUGACUGUGAUGGCGAGGGCGAUGGCGACGGCUCUUCUGUGGACGAUAAAAAGGCCAUUGCGCCGGUAAAGUCAUCCAACGAAAUACUCGCCGAACUCUUUGGCGUUUUCAAUGCAGCGCCGCCAGCGGAGUUGCUCGACGACAAGAAUCUGCUGAAGCUCAAGCACAAAAAGGUCAAAAAGGAGAAGAAAAAGAAGAAGAAAGCGUCCAAGUCGGAUGGCGAGUGGUCCGACUCGGAGGCGGAGGGCAAGCACAAGCACCGGCGGAAAAAGCACAAGCACAAACACAAAGACACCAAGGAAAAGGAAAAGGAUCGCGACAAGGCCAAGGAGAAGGAGAGACCAGCUGUUGCUCCUGUUGCCUCCGUGGUUUCUGCCUGUGUUAAAGAGAAAGAGAAGCCUGAGACUAAGAAACGGCCCACGGAGAGAAGCAACCAUGCGGCGGAUGUCCUGCCACCAAAGCGGGAGAAGCGGGAUCGGGAGCGAGAACGUGACCGCAGCCACAAUAGCUUCUACAAUGGCUACAGGGACAACGAACGGAUCAGCGAACGGCCCAGUACCAAGGCUCGGGACAUGUCCGAUGUUUCGCUCUCCGACGAGGAAUCUUAUCUCCGCGAGAAGGCCUCCUCCAAUGGACGUCGGCGACCUCAGAACAGCUUCUACGACGUGAAAGAAGAGCACAAAGAGGAGCCCAACCAGCAGCACCACAGCAAGCGCAACGCUCGAGACACGGGCUCGAGGCGGCCACGACGGUCAAGGUCUCGCUCAAGGUCACGCUCCCGACCCCGAGAUUUGGGCAUUGACAAAAAGCGGCUGCUGGAGGUGGCGCGCAAGAAUGCCAUCCAUAUGUUCAAGCGGGGAAAUCUGCCGGGAGUGGCCGAUAUGACGCCCGAGGUGAAGGACAAGGUACUGAUCAAGAUGCGCUAUGGCGGACGCACCGUCCAGGAUUUGACGGACUUCUGCAAGAAGAUCUCCAGCGGAGAUGCGCUGUCCGACCUGAGCUCUGACGAGGAGUCCGAUACGGAUAAGAAUGGGAAUGCCAAGGCCUUCCACCACCCCUUCCAGCUGAAGGAGCGGGAACCGAUUGUGAUGCACAUCCGCAACUCCACGCCGAUACAGCCGCGGAGGGAGGAUCAAACCAAGGCCAUAACCAUGCAGUUCCCCGUGUCCUCUGGCCAGGCACAUCGCAUCACCGAGGCCUGGGUGCCUGUGGAGCGCAAGGAUGCGUUAGCGCCACUCCCAUCGCUACCGCCCGUCAAACAAUCCACGAAUAUCUUCCAGGACAUACAGAAGAAUGUGUUUGCCAAAUCCAUCCCGGCCCUGGAGCAGCAAGAGCCCGCCUUUAAGCCGAUAGGUGGACCAGCAGCAUUGGAAUCGUCUACGUCUGUGUCAUCACCUGCACCUGUGCCCGCACCUGUACCCGUUCCCGCGCCGGUUCCUCUGUCUCGUCCAGAGCCAGUUCCAGCUCCAGCUGUGGCUCCAGUCAACGCAUUCACUCCCGCUCCGAUACCAUUUGUGCCUGAGGUUCCCAUACCAUCUGCCACAACACCCGUGACUCCCAGCAGAUCAGCAGCUAUGCGGCAGUCGUCACAGAGUGCUUCCAUCUUUCCGGAGACGUUGCCGCUCAGCAUGGAUGUGUCGAGCAUCAUCACACAGCGGCUCAGCGCCAUUCGUCGACUACAGACAAAUCCCACCGACUGCGAGGCCAUCAAAAUGAUGCACAACGCACAGCGGGACAUGUCCUCGUGGGCGUCCUCGAAGCAUCUGCCAGGCCAAUUCACGGGCAGCACGGGGGCGCAUGUGAUGAAGGCCCAUGAGCUGAAUAGUGGACCGCAGCUGUGGGUACGCCGGGAUCAGCUGACCUCCACGAAGCCUGUGACCGGUGGCAUGGGCAUGGCUCUGUUGCAGAAAAUGGGCUGGAAGCCUGGCGAGGGACUGGGACGAUGCAAAACGGGCUCUCUGCAGCCUCUCCUGCUGGAUGUGAAACUGGACAAACGAGGCCUGGUGUCCCGCGAAGAUAUUAAACUGCAGCCGAACCGCCCGGCGGCGGGGCAUCGUAAGAACAAGAACAGCGGCGGUGGUGGUGUCGGGGGCGGCGGUCCUGGCCAGAGUGGACCCCCACCAAUGGUGGUAACGAUGGACAAGCAUCCCGUGUGUGUGCUCAAUGAGCUGACCUCGAAGAACCGGUGGACGCCGCCACAGUACACGCUGCAACAGGAAUCGGGUCCGUCUCACAUACGCAGUUUUCUCUUCUCCGUGGAGAUCAAUGGGAAUUCGUACACACCCGAUCGGCCGUGCAACAACAAGAAGGAGGCAAAGCUAAAUGCGGCCAAAUUGUGUUUGGAAAAGUUGGGCAUCUUGCAGCCCAGUUAGGAUAAAGAUAAUAUCAGGAUCUAUUCUGUAAACUUUACAUGUAAAUACGUAUAAAAUUAGUUUUAAAUCUGA